CUCCGAUUGUGAUCUCGCGCUCUCCAUUCUCACAUCCAACAGCUACCUCUCGAUUGAGAUCGUAGGAAAUGUCGUUCUCAGAUCUCGUUGCGGGAGGGGCAGGCUGUGGCCCGUCGAAUCCGCUGCAAAAUCUCGGGAAGAGAUUCGGUCACGACCGCUCGUCGCAGCUCGACCGAUUCGACGGCGUUAGCAAUGGUGGCGCAGCCGAAUCCAGCCAAAGCGCUUCCUUUAGAACAGGGGGACCAUCUCCAUCGUUGUCUGCCGACCCGGCCUUCUUCCACCAGCACCAGCAGGCGCAUGCCUUUGAUCUAGCACCUCUCAAAGGCGCUCUUCCCUUUGCGCCACCUGUGGGGCCCCAGGGACCACAUCUCCACGCUGAUCUUGAUGGUGCUUGGUCUCAGCAAUCCCGUACGGAGCACUUCGAAGCCUCGUUCCGACCCGGUCCAUCCACCGGUGCGCAUGCUCGGGCUCAUGUGCCGGCCCAGAAUGGCUGGGCGAGAGACUUUCACACACGAGAAUCGUCGCCCAGUACCAUGUCGGCAUCGCCAUCGCAUGCUAGCUCGUAUCAGCAACAUUCGCAGCAAUCUCAGCAUAUUGGGUAUCAGCAACCCAUGAUGGGACCAGGAAUCGGCCGACUCAAUAUGAUGGGGAUGGGCGUUCAAGGCGGCUUUCACCCAGCAUCGAUGCAGCCGAUGUACGGACAGCAGCACCAGGACCGGCAGCAACCUCAAGAGGUCCAAGGAAGCUCGGUUCAACGGGCGGAUGACUCUGUAUGGGACACUGCCUUCACUGCCUACGACUCACAGAGACCGGCUUCUCCACCUCAAUCUAUGGCGCCCCACACCGAGCAGAAAGCACAGCAACAGCGGCCCAUCACGGACCCUCACGAGGCUGAUGAGCUCGCCAGGACGGCGGGCAAACUCGUUUCCACAGUUGAGCACGAUACCAGCGACAAGUUCAAGAAGAGUAACUUCCUCAAUCUCAUGCGCAAGAUCAGGGACAAGCAGGCUGGAAUUCAGGGCACCGACAUCGUCGAGGGCGAGAGCUUUGGCGGCGCAUCAGCAGAUGCAGCACCUGUCUCUUCUCUAGACAAGGGCAAGGCGAGGGAAAUGAGCAGCUCGCAGCGUGACGAAAUGAUCACCAAUGGGCAGUUGCCGCCCUCGCUCCAGCGACGCUUGGCCGCUCAAACCCCAAGCGAUAUGGGCUUGCUUGGACAGACGGCGCUCGAGCACGAGUUGAAAGGUCGGCAGGAGCUCAAUGAGAUGUGGGCCGAGGAGGAUGCCAGGAGUGAGGCCAUCGAGCGUCAAGCGAUGCAGAAAAGCUUUGCCGGCGAUGGAGGCAAUGUGCUAGAGCGACGGCAGGAGGACGACGAGCUGUUUGCAAAGUACAUGGGUCUCAACAAUCGUGCCUACGGCACCACCGCUCCCAACGCGGCCGCUGGGCAGGAGGAAGAAUUCGUGGACCGGCUGAGUUCGGAGGAUUUCGUCGGACGGCGGUGGGAGGGCACAAAAGGAAAGGGCGUCGGAGGGGCACAGAGUGCAGAGUGGGACAAGCUGCAGAACGAUUGGGAUGCUUGGGAGGCCGAUUCGGCUGGCUUCAAGCCUUCGUUGCAGCCUCCAAGAUCGGCCGACAAAGCGCCUGAGUAUCGAUUCCAUCAGACGAACCCUUACAUCAAUGGCCACGCUGCCGCUGGCGUACCGGCUGACAUGGCGAGCGUCCUGGAGAAAGAAGCGGCUGUGCAGAUGGAUCCUAACAAUGCCACGGCUUGGCUCGACUUGGGCAUCAAGCAGCAGGAGAACGAGCGGGAGAGCCUGGCCAUCGCCGCUCUCCAUCGAGCGAUUCAGCUCGACCCUACGCUCAAAGACGCUUGGCUGGCCCUCGCCGUGAGCUACACCAACGAAAAUGACCGGAUGUCCGCGUUUGAAGCAACCGAGCGGUGGAUCGGCGCAUGCCCAGAAUACAACGAUGUCGUCAAGCAGUUUCAAGGCGAGCGCGGCGAUGUGACGAGCGCAACGCUGCCGACGCAUGCGCAACGUCAUGAACGUCUCACCAACCUUCUGAUGGCGCUGGCUAGACACGGAUCGAUGCAGAAUCGCAUUGAUGCAGACGUUCAAGUUGCCCUUGGUGUGCUAUUCAACGCCUCAGAAGACUACGACAAGGCUGUCGACUGUUUCUCGGCCGCACUGGAGGUCCGGCCUGACGAUUGGCUUCUGUACAACCGCCUGGGAGCAACAUUGAGCAACAGUGGCAGGAGCGACGUAGCUCUUGGCUACUAUCACCAGGCACUUGAUCUGCGACCCGGCUUCGUCAGGUGUCACUUCAACCUGAGCAUUUCCUGCCUCAAUCUGAAGAUGUACAAGGAUGCAGCGUCGCAUAUUUACACCGCUCUGACUCUGCAGAGUGAGGCAACCGAGAACGAUCAACUCGGUGGUGCUCAGGGCGAGAGUCAUGGUGUGACUUCAAGUAGCCUCUGGGAGACGCUUCGCGUCGCUUGCGAGCUCAUGGACAGGCCUGACCUCUCCGCCUUGACGGCACAGCGCGACCUCGAUCGCUUUGACCCGGCAGAGUUCUGGGCUUAAUUUGAAGACAUUGUAGUAGUCAUGUUUGGCUCUUUUUUGCAAUCGACAUGAUCGCCAG